AUGGAUAGCGGUAAGGAAGACAAAGCCAUUUCCUUAAAGGAAGAGGGAAAAUUCGUGAAAGAGUGGGAUAAGUUGCGGAAAUUUUCACAUGUUUUGCAUCGCGAUCUCGGGGGGGACCAACGACAUGGCAUUGGACAUGUUGGCAUGGAAGAAGAAUUUGCCCGGCCGUCUCAGAAGAAGAAGAGGAAAGCGGAGGAGGAGGAGGAGGAAAAGGCGGAUCUUUUGAGCUCGUGCGAUACUUCCUUCGCUUCUACUCUAUCAGGGAAUUGGCCCACGCCCGACAAAGAGGAUUGCGUCGAAAGCGGAUCCCCAAAAGGCCUGAGAAGAUGGUUCCCCCGGAAUGGAUCCCCGGGUACGGCAAGACAUGGAUGGACCAAAAUCCAUCGCCGUAUGAGUCGCAUGGCACCGGGGAGGAAGACGAAGUAG